AUGUCAAACUUGUUCGUACCUAUUUCACUGCUCUCACUUCUCAUCAUCUUUCAUCCUUUCAUCACCACAUCUGAAAUAUUGCCGUUCCGCAAUGGCCGAGAAGGUGAGUGGCGCCUCCUCCGACCGAGCAUCGGCAUCUCGGCCAUGCACAUGCAACUCCUCCACGACAACAAGGUUGUCGCGUUCGACAGGACGGACUUCGGCCCAUCAAACCUCUCUCUUCCGGGGGGCCGCUGCCGCUACGACUCCAAUGACACUUCCCUGAAAGUCGACUGCACUGCACACUCGGUUCUAUACGACGUGGAGAUGAACAGUUUUCGUCCUCUCAUGGUGCAAACCGACACAUGGUGCUCAUCGGGCGCCAUGAGUCCGAAUGGCUCUCUUAUUCAGACGGGAGGAUUCAAUGACGGCGAUCGCGCUGUACGGGUAUUUACCCCAUGCGAUGCCGAUUCAUGCGAUUGGGUCGAGUAUCCUAGUUACUUAUCUCAACGUAGAUGGUAUGCCACUAAUCAAAUUCUACCGGAUGGUCGAAUUAUUAUCAUUGGUGGGAGGAGGGAGUUUAACUAUGAGUUCUACCCUAAAAAUGAAGACCCUUAUUCUGCUUCCUCGGGGUCUUUUUGGCUUCAAUUUCUAUUGGAAACUAGAGAUGAGAGUGAGAACAAUCUAUACCCUUUUGUUCACCUUCUUCCUGAUGGAAAUCUCUUCAUCUUUGCCAAUACAAGGUCAAUAUCUCUAGAUUACAACCACAACAGAGUGGUGAAAGAGUUUCGUCCAAUCCCUAUUAGCGAUCCUCGAAAUUAUCCUAGCUCGGGCUCGUCGGUCUUGCUUCCUAUCGACGAGAACAAGGCCGUUGAAGCUGAGAUCAUGAUUUGCGGUGGUGCACCGAGAGGUGCAUUCACACAAGCGAGCCAAGGCAAUUUCGUGAGAGCAAGUUCUUCGUGUGGGAGGCUUAGGGUUUCGGACGAAGACCCUAGAUGGGUAAUGGAAAACAUGCCAAUUGCUAGGGUUAUGGGCGAUAUGCUUCUUCUAGCCACUGGAGAUGUCAUCAUCAUCAACGGCGUGGAACGCGGCACCGCCGGAUGGGAGCUUGGCCAAUCGCCGGUGACCAGACCGGUCAUUUAUCGGCCGAACGGGAGCCCGGAUUGGAGAUUUUCGGUCAUGGCAGCUUCUCCAAGACCGAGACUCUACCACUCAACAGCCAUUUUGCUAGCGGAUGGGAGAGUGCUAGUCGGAGGAAGCAACCCACAUAGAUACUACAACUUCACCGAUGUGGACUAUCCCACCGACUUAAGCUUAGAAGCCUUCUCGCCGCCUUAUCUAUCGAUCGAGCACAAACCAUUUCAGCCUCGGAUUUUAUCCAUGAACGAGAUUCUAAUGCUCGGGCAACCCUUUUCGCUCACCUUCUUUGUGCCCCUGUACUUGUCCGAGAACAUACUGUCCAUUAGGAUCGUUGCUCCUUCAUUCACCACACAUUCACUGGCAAUGAACCAGAGAAUGGUGGUGCUCAAGUUGGUCGGGGUGUCGCGCUUGACACCUGAUUCGUAUAACUUGACUGCGGUCGGGCCAUCGACGGCAGAAAUAGCGCCACCGGGCUACUACAUGUUGUUUGUGGUGCAUGCUGGUAUACCAAGCCGGGGGAGUUGGGUGAAGAUACAGUGA